AUGGGAAAUGAACUGAAGAACCCUCCAUUAGUCGCCCAGCUUUUAGGCUCCAAGUUAACGUUUAUCCAUCUUCUUCGUUUUUUUUUCUUUGUAAUAGGAUUGUCAUUAGGUGUCACAGUCAGUGUUUACUACAAAAGCUUCUCAUUCAACCUACAAGAACUUUGCCUUUCGUCACCACCAAGGCUGCUGGAACCGCCACCGCCGCAGCCGUGGAUUCAGCCAAGUGUGAGUGGAUCUGCAUUAUAUACCCAGCAGCCUCUCAUGCACAGUAUGGAUGAUGAAGAGUUGUUCUGGCGAGCUCUAAUGGUUCCUAGAAGGAAGAAAUUCCAGGGUGAGCAUGCUCCUAAGAUUGCUUUCAUGUUCCUGACCAAGGGACCUCUUCAUCUUUCCCCCUUGUGGGAGACGUUCUUCCAAGGACACCAAGGGCUCUACACCAUAUAUGUUCAUACUCAUCCUCUGUUCAAUUGGACAGUGCCUGUGGAUUCUGUCUUCUACAGAACAAGAAUUCCAAGCAAGGCAAUAAAAUGGGGACAAGCUUCGAUGAUAGAUGCAGAGAGACGCCUCUUAGCCAACGCUCUUCUUGACUUCUACAACGAGAGAUUUGUGUUACUUUCAGAGACCUGCAUUCCUCUAUUCAACUUCACCACAAUAUACAACUUCUUAGUUAACGCGAAUCAGGGCUUCGUAGCCUCGUAUGAUGAUCCAAGAACAACUGGGCGAGGCAGAUACAAUCCAAAGAUGGCACCCACAAUAACAAUUUCUGAUUGGCGUAAAGGGUCCCAGUGGUUCGAGAUGAAUAGAAAAAUGGCCAUUGAGACAGUAUCUGACACCAGCUACUAUCCCAUUUUCAAUGAGCUGUGUCGUCCUCCAUGUUAUUCUGAUGAGCAUUAUAUCCCUACGUUGAUCAGUAAGUGUUGCUCACUUGAGAACUCGAACAGAUCCAUCACUUGGGUCGAUUGGUCCAAGGCUGGGCCACACCCUGGGAGAUUUGGAAGAGCCUCGAUCUCACUUGAGUUCCUGAACGAUAUAAGGUUUAACUGCACUGCUCCUCAUAGACUCAAUUCCAGUAAUGCUUCUUCCACCUCUAUGUGCUUUCUUUUUGGUAGGAAGUUUAUGUCAGAUGCUCUUCGUCCUUUGCUGCAGAUUGCACCUAUUCUUCUCGGCCUUAAUUCUUCACAAUUCUGA